UUAAGAUUUAUUGUAGUUUUUUAACAAUCCAAUAUUUUUUUCUAUCACUACCUGUUUUUUCUUCUCAUUCAUCGUCAAAAUUGAUUCUACAACCGAAUUGUAGAUUGUCAUUUGUGUUUGUAAACUAAUUUUAGGAGACCAAUGUAAUGAGUUUAGUAUUUGUAUCACAUUUCGUUGUAGUAGCGGAUAGAUACACUUAUACGACCCCGGUGUAAGUCAGAUCUAUUUCAGGGACGCGACCCUGCUCACGCAAGCCAUGGCUAUCCCCCAAACCCAAAUAGGGGAGGUCAUGUCCCGAUCCAAGUUUCCUACCAAAUAUCCAAAAAUCCUUUCCGAUUAUCCAACCCACAGGAGUAAACCUAAUGCACCAGAAAAAUCAUUGGGGAAGGCAACGGGAAACCACUCCAAUUAUUUCUCCCGAGUAAAGUUAACAUGGCGCAAUCCAAACAUAAUCAGAGUAUUACUGAUCAUGGAUCUCGGAAACCAAGAUCCGGCAGGGAAGGGUGCGCACCAGACUGUGGAGCCUUCCCGGUCGUCACCACACGAAACCCCUACAAUUUAAAAAGUACGACAACUUUAAAAAUGUCUAGCAGUACAAUCAGAUUAGGCACAUGGAAUGUUAAAAGCCUCUAUGCAGCAGGCAAGCUCAGUAACUUAGUUCAAGAGGUUAAACGCUUAAAAAUUGAUAUAAUGGGCAUCAGUGAGCUCCGCUGGCCUGGAGCGGGAACAUGUGAACAAAAUGAAGGCACACUAUACUAUUCUGGAAGUGUAGAAGAUGACGUACAUCAUAGGAAUGGAGUUGGCAUAUUUAUAACAUCUAAAUUCAAGAAAUAUGUAAAAAAUUUUGUACCUGUAAAUGACAGACUAGCGAUACUCCAAUUAAAUAGUAAACCAUUUAAUGUCAAUGUUAUCCAGAUAUAUGCCCCUACUUCAGAAAAGAAAUAUGACAAUGAUGUUGAAUCAUUCUAUAGUCAAUUAAAACAGACACUUAACAAUCUAAAUAGGAACGAAAUCACAUAUAUUAUUGGAGAUUUUAACGCGAAAAUUGAUCAAGGACGAAGAUCUGACCUGAUAGGUGGAUAUGGACUAGGGGAGAGCAACGAAAGAGGCGAUAGAUUAUACCAGUUCUGUCAAGAACAUGACAUGAUAAUCGCAAAUACAUGGUUCAAAUUACACAAAAGAAGAUUAUAUACAUGGAAGGGACCAGGAGAUAACUCGCUUCAUAUAAUUAGAAAUCAGAUAGAUUAUAUUCUAGUAAACAAGAGAUUUAAGAAUGGUGUCAAGAGAUCAACGACAUAUCCUGGUGCAGAUAUCGGUUCAGACCAUAACCUUCUAAUAGCUGACAUCCAAGUGAAGCUCAAAAAAGUCGAAGAAAACCCCAAAACACCAAAAUUACAUAUAUCAGCAUCCAACAAAACGCUAAUAGAAAAUGACCUGAAUAAUCAGCUAAAGAAUUCAACAAAUGAAAACAAUACAGAAAUAUGGAACACGUUUAAAAAUCUUACCUGGAAAGUAAUGGAAAAAUAUACGACAACGAUGCAGAGGCACAAAAAACAACAAUGGAUGACUGAUGAAAUCCUGGAAUUGAUGGAGCAGAGAAGAAAACUGAAAGAUAACAAAACAAAAUACAAAGAAAAACAAAAACUAAUUAAACAAAAAAUAAAGGUAGCUAAAGAAAAAUGGAUGGAGGAUAAAUGCAAGGAAUUAGAAAAGUUGAAUGAAAAAGAUGAUACGUUUAAUAUGUUUAAAAAAGUUAGAGAAGUAGCUGGUCUUUAUUAUAAGAAAACUCCACAUACUAUAACCGAUUCGUCGGGAAAAAUGAUAAUAGACGAACACGAAAUCCGAACUACCUGGUAUAAUUAUAUAAAUGAACUGUAUAAUGAUGAUAGACCCGAAGAACUGGACACUUUAGAUGAAGGUGAAGGACCAGAAAUACUAAAAUCAGAAAUACAACAUGCUAUAAAAUUGGCAAAAACAAGAAAGCCGUUGGUCCCGACAACAUACCUACAGAAAUGUUAAAGCUCAUAAAUGAGGAAAACAUUGGAAUACUAGUCAAACUUUUCAAUGAUGUUUAUUUGACUGGUGAUAUCCCUGAAGAUUGGUUAAAGUCCGAAUUCAUAACCCUACCAAAAAACAACGUCCGAAAAACUGUAGCGACUAUAGAAUGAUAAGCCUUAUGAGCCACACCUUGAAAAUCUUUCUACGUAUCAUCCACAGUAGAAUCAGAGAUAAAUGUGAAGAAGACCAGGAUGAAACACAAUUUGGCUUCAGAAAUGGACUGGGAACCCGGGAUGCACUCUUUGCACUAAAUGAGUUAUUGCAGAAAUGCCGAGAUCAAAGGAAAGACGUCUUUGCUGUAUUUAUUGACUAUGAUAAGGCCUUUGAUCGAGUACAACAUCACAAAUUAAUUAAAAUACUAAAGGAUAAAGGAGUUGAUAGUCAAGAUGUACGAAUCAUAGAAAAAUUAUACUGGCGCCAAACAGCGACAGCUUGCAUAAAUGGAAAAUCAACAGAAAUAUGCAAAAUACAAAGAGGCGUCAGACAGGGUUGUAUACUGUCCCCACUGUUGUUCAAUUUGUAUUCAGAUAGAAUAUUUAAGGAAGCGCUGCAUAAUUUGGAAUGGGGUGUGAAGGUUAAUGGAAUUCUGAUAAAUACAAUCAGAUAUGCAGACGAUACAGUUAUUUUAAGUGAUGAUAUGAAUGGAUUACAACACCUUUUAAAUGCCAUUGACAGAGUGGGAAGAGAGUUUGGCCUAAAUAUAAACUGUUCAAAAACAAAGUACAUGGUAUUUAGCCGUUUGGCCCAUCAAGAUUCACGGUUAUAUGUGGAUGGUCAUAUGAUUGAAAGAGUACCCAGUUUUAAAUAUCUUGGUUGCCAUAUUACUGAACAACUAGAUCCAGAUAAAGAGAUAAAAUGUAGAAUCGAGAUAGCCCGCACGACAUUUUUAAAAAUGAGGUCAUUCUUCUGUAAUGAUACCUUGCAACUUCAACUUCGAAAGCGCAUGAUUAAAUGCUACAUUUGGUCAGUCCUCUUGUAUGGUGUCGAAGCAUGGACAUUAAAAAUAUCCACCAUUAACCGUUUGGAGGCCUUUGAAAUGUGGCUGCACAGACGUAUUCUAAAAAUACCAUGGACGGCUAUGCUGACAAAUGUGGCAGUCCUUAAGAGAGCAAAUGCUACCCGCGAGCUGCUUGAUAACAUCAAAUAUAGAAAGAUGGCCUAUUUUGGACACGUAGUAAGGGGAGACUGGUAUAAUAUUCUUCAACUUAUUAUGAUGGGUAAAAUCGAAGGACGCAGAGGAAUUGGUAGAAAGCAGGCCUCUUGGUUGAAGAAUAUCCGGGAGUGGACAGGAAUAAAGAAAGCAGAACACCUAUUUAGAAUAACUCGAGACAGAGACAGUUUCGCCAUGUUAAUCGCCAACGUCAAGGGGACUUGAUAGGACACGUUAAGAAGAAGAUCACAUUUCGGCCUUGUUGUAUUUUCUGCUGAAUGUCUCUUCUUUCGCUAUCGCUGUACCUAGGUAUUUAAAUUCUUCGCAUUUUUUUAUAUCUCUAAUAGUGUUGUGGGUCUCUUUCUUCCUCCUUUAUUCGAAGAUAUUCUGUUUUGUUGAUGGUGAGUCCGCAAUUUUCGUAUUUUUCAGUUAAUUUUCCAAUCGUAUAAUCAAUGUCUUCCUCAUCGUUUGGCAUAAUCACUUGAUUGUCUGCGAAGAAAAUGUUUGUUAUGUACUUGUUUGCAAGUUCUAUUCCCAUAACUGUGCAUUUUCUUCUCCAGUUGUUUAAUCUCCACGAAUAUAGAUUUUGAAUAGAGUUGAGGAUAAAGAACAUCCUUGUCUCAAGCCUUUUUGACAGGAAAUGCGUCUGGAAUUUUAUUCUCCAUUUUGACUGCUCUUUUUGCAUUUAUGUACAUGUUAACUAUAGCGUACCAUUCUCUCAGGUUGCGCAGCUACAAUAUUCCGCGUCUCCAUAUGCUUCGUUUUCCUUGAAUCUUUCCCUGCAUAAUGAGUUGGGAGCAAGUUGUACCUGUCGGACGCGUACUAUGUCCGAGAUAUUCAAAUUUUCUGGUUUUGAUUGUAUUUAAGAGUUCCAUUCCUUUAUUCAUCUUUCUCAGAACCUCUUUGUUUGUUACGUGUUAUGUCCAAGAUAUUUUCAGAAUUCUUCUAUACACCCACAACUCGAAUGAUUCCAGUUUUUUCAUUGAGGCCGCAUUCAAGGUCCAAGCUUCCAUUCCAUAAAACAAAAUCGAGAAAGCGUAGCACCUAGCCAACCGUACUCUUAGCUCUAACUUCAGAUCUCUUGUGCAGAGCACUUUUAUCAUUUCGUUAAAAUUCGCUCUAGCCUUUUCUAUUCUAAUUUUAUUCUCCUGGAAGUAAUCAUUUGUGGAGUUAAUCAUUGUUUUACGAUAUGCAUAUUGGUCUACUUGUUCGACAUUGAUUCCGUUUAUGAGUAGAUUCUCGUUAUUUUUUUGCGUUUUAGAUAUUCUCAUAAUUUUUGUCUUUUUGAUGUUCAUGUUCUACUACUACUACUGAUAUGCCAUCACAAAAUCGAACGUAGGCAAUAAAAUGAGCACAUUUAUUGCUACCUGUUGCCUCAUCAAGCUGAAUCGAAAACAGCUUGUCGUUUAACUUACCGAGUAGCUGAUCCUGUAUAUCUUCAGCUAUAUCAUCAAUUCGACGGGCAACAGUAUCAUAUACAAGAAUCUACAGGUCGAGCAAGUCUCGUAAAUUUCACGAUUGCGAGCCACGCUUCACGCAACCGUGUUUGCGUACUUGUGUUUCGAGUUGCGUGGUCGUGCGGAGUUGUCAAAAUUAAAUCAAUAUGUCAAUAUGGCUACUGGGUGUAAAAGAUACAUCUUAUUCUAUCUGUUCUUAAUGAGUUUUAGAUAAUUUUAGUUGUAUUUCUUUGUAAUUUUGUGUUGUACAAAGAUUAAUUUAACAUUUUCUCUGGAAGUAUUAAUUUAGAAAGAUAAUAUGCUUCAUUGGUGUUGUGUUUUGAAGUGUGAAAUGCAAAGUAAUUGUGAUAAAGUUCACUUUUAAACUGAACUAAAUAAGGUAUCUGAGAGACAACAAUGGUUAAAUGCAAUACAAUGUACAGGUUUUACUAGCGAAAUGAAAAUUUUCCUGUCCUGUCUGCUGUAAUCAUUUUAUAUCUGGAAAACCAGCCGACUUAAUCGAUAAUAACAAUCUCCAGAUUGGGUUCCUUCAAUAAAUAUGGGCUAUAAACACAAUGAAAUAAGUUCCCCAAAAUCUAAAAUGGAGUGGUAUCAAAGGAGAAUUAAAGGAAAAAAUAUUCAUAUUGAAAUUAUUUAUAAGGCACUGGACUGUCUUAAAUUCUACAGUAAUACUAGAAUCAGCUGAGAGAAGUGGUCUACAAAAAACCAGGAAGGAAACGGAAUAUGUGGCUACGAAAGGCAAAAGAAAGGUUUACAAAGCAAAUGUGACACAUUUUUUUGAAAUAUUUAGGAAUAUCAGUAAAUUGCAUUAAAAAAAUGUAUGAAAAGAUUUUGUUCAAUAAAAAUGUUUAUAUUUA